AUGUGUCUCUUAACUUUAAACGCACCGCACAAUAUAGCAACUCCUCGCUCUGCAAUUGGUCGAAACGCCCCUCGUACCAUGAGUCUCACAGUGGGACAAAAUUUCAACCGCAAAACGCCACGUCUCUCUUCUUUCGUCCAAUCACAACGUUGAGCUGUUCACCGUCUGGUCUCGCACGUGGUGGGUUCUCCCAAACGUGUCGACGUAACAGUUUCUUCUUUAUAUUCUUACCGUCACGCUUCGUUAACAUUCAUCUUCUCCGUUUGUUAA